AUGCAGCACGUCCAGUCGGACAUUGCGAACAUGCCGGCGCUUACGCAUGAAGACGAAGCAUUUAUCGAACAUCUCAUGCGCAACGGCCACAAACCCUUGAGAAUUAUCGAGGCAUUUGAGCUCCUCGGCCGUGGCUCGCGAACAGCAAUCUAUGUCCGUACGAAGCGGUUCGAGACGAAUGGCACGGUCUUCCCAAUCAGCAAAGGGGGUCGACCGCGACUGAUCAGUCCUGAGAUCCGCGAGUUCAUCGUCGAAGUGCUGAAAAAGAAAGGUGGCAAAUGCCGCAUCGAUACUCUGCAGUCGAUGAUAGUCAAGCAGUAUGACCAGUGGUUCCAUACCGCGACGAUUGCACGGGCUGUCAGCGAAGCACGAGUAGCGCAUAACAUGGAAGAACCCAUUCCAGGCUACAUCGAGUUUGAUGCUUCAAUGCGCCAACGAGGCACAGCGCCGGAAUGA